UGCUCUGAGCAGGAAAUCCUGUCCGUGCGAGUUCAGGAUAGGUUUCGUUAGCUCGUUGCGUUGAUAAAUAUAUAUAAAAUUAUUUAUCAUGGCAGAUCAUGUAGAUUAUUUUGCAUAAUAAUAAUGAUGAGAGUGCUGAUGGGUUAUCCCGGAUCCGGGAGCCUAGGGGCAGUUUUCUUUCCUUUCGCUGUUCUAGUAGUGUCAGUGUUUAACACAGUUCUCGUCUCGGCGGGGGUUUUAAAGUUGGUAGAUGUGGACAUGGAUCUUUCUCGUGUAGACAGAAGAGUGGACGAAAGGUUUCUGUCUGUGACUAUAGAUGCGAGUCUGGUGGCGGAGGAGAAGUUUAUGUACCUGCUGGGGUCCCCAAAAUUGAGGACCCUCGCUAAAGCGCUGACUCCUGCAUUUCUGCGCUUUGGAGGGACCAAACAAGACUUUAUGACAUUUACACCACAGAGUGAAUAUUACAUGACAAAAAGCUACAGUGGAGAUCCUCUUCCUUACGCAGGACCAUCAUGCAGUAAAUUUGAGCUCCCACAGUUGCUGGAGGAAGAGCUAAAGCGAGACUGGGCCAUGCAGGUGUUACUUCUACGUAAGGAGGACGCAAGUGGAAAGUACAUGGAAGUGACGUUUUCCGAAUAUGCAAUGGAUCUGCUUUACUCGUUUGCGAACUGCUCCGGAUUGGAGUUGAUCUUUGGCUUAAAUGCGCUACUACGAACACCUGAGAAUGCCUGGGACAGUCAGAACGCUGAGCUGCUGCUAAAUUACUGUGAGAGAAGGCAGUACAGGUUGUCUUGGGAGCUGGGCAAUGAGCCAAAUAGUUAUGAGAAAAAGGCAGCGAUCAGGGUGAACGGGUCCCAGCUGGGAGAGGAUUUCCUCCAUCUUCGUGAGAUCCUGCGGAAAUCAAAAAUGUACAGUUCCUCUGGUCUGUACGGACCUGAUAUCGGUCAGCCACGAGGUCACCGCAAAGACCUCCUCUCUGGGUUUUUGGAGAGCGGAGCUGAAGCCAUUGAUGCAUGUACCUGGCACCAUUAUUAUGUCAAUGGAAGAGACACAUCUCUGGAGGAUUUCCUUGAUCCCAAAGUGCUUGACAUGCUGGCUGUUAAAACAGACGAGGUCCUCAAGAUUGUUCAAGCUCUGUCUCCUGGAAUGAAAGUGUGGCUAGGAGAGACAAGCUCAGCGUACGGCGGGGGAGCGGACGGUCUCUCUGACACUUUUGUUGCUGGUUUUAUGUGGCUGGACAAACUUGGUCUGGCAGCUAAACUGGGGUUGGACGUGGUCAUGCGACAGGUGUUAAUUGGCUCUGGCACAUACCAUCUUGUGGAUAAUAAUCUCGAUCCACUUCCGGAUUAUUGGCUGUCGCUUCUGUACAAGAGGCUUGUGGGUCCUGAAGUGCUGAAAAUACAGGUUCUGUCGAAUUCAGGAAAGCAGAAGCAACUCUUAAGGGUGUAUCUUCAUUGCACCAACAAAGAAAGUUCUAGUUACAGAAAAGGUGCAGUCACGUUGUUUGCGCUAAACCUGAGCAAGAAGCAAGUGGUUAUCAAGCUUCCGGCGCUCAUCUCCAACAGCACUGUCGAAGUGUUUUUGCUUCAGUCAGCUGAGCCAGAGGAGGUCGGGCUCCAUUCAAGGUCUGUCAAGCUGAACGGUGAUGUGUUAAAGAUGGUGGAUGAGAGGACACUUCCUUCUCUUCAGGGAGCUGAACUUCCUCCUGGGGAACAUCUCAAACUUCCUGCGCUGUCCUUUGCCUUCUUUGUGCUGAAACAUGCUGCUGCUCCAGUGUGCUGAAGAGCUCAGGGAACUGCUUUUAUCCUGAAUGUGGAUUUAGUAUGCACUUUCAACAAAUUGCACUGUGAAUGUUUACAUAUUGUUAUCCUCUAGAUGUGUAUUGUACACGUUUGAAUCAUCAGACACUCACUUGGAACUUGCUUGUACAAUCAACCAUAAUGUGGCACAUAAUCAUACAGGCUUAGUUAAUGUUCAGAUCAAACAUCACAAAGGAUGAAAAAUGCAAUUCUAGUAACAUUUACUUAAGUAUGAUUUUUGGUGCUUUCUCCUGAUAUACUCACUAGUCACUAGAGUUUACUCAGGCUGCUGAAACAAACGAACAAAAAAACGUGAAUGAGAUGAGAAAGGUUAGGGGAAGGGAAAUGGCCAGACUGGUUUAAGCUGACAGAAGGGAAAUCAGCAGGAAGGGUUGAAUGUUUAUCUGUCAAAAGUUCCAUUAUUUUUUUUAAGUUGUUGAUAUCACAAAAAGGGAAGGUGCAACAUUUUUUAUGUAACAUGACAUAUAAAUAAUGACAUAUUUAAUUGUGUUUGUGUCAAAAUCAGACUAUAUGUAAUGCUAAAAAAAAUAAGAAAAUAUAUUUAGAAUAGUAAAACUAAGUGGCUGCGAUGUAUUGGCACCCUCCAGGCCCCUGUGAUCCUGUACAGGGUAAGGAUAGAAGAUGAAUGAAUGAAUAAGAUAAUUAAGAGGAUAAUGAAUACAUUGAAACUGUUGAUGCCCCUUACUUCUUAAGAGUUAACCUUGGGUCACUGAUUUUUGGUGUAUGACUUCUUUUCGGGAGAAUCAUAAUAUUCUUUUCUCUUUUAUAAAAUUUGAUUUGUGUUAUGUUGAUUUUUGAGGUGUUCAGGUUUUUUUUGUUUAAAACCAAUAUUUACAAGCAGGUGGCACGGUGGUAUGGUGGUUAGCACUGUCGCCUUGCACCUCCAGGCCUGUGCAUAGAGUUUGCAUGUUCUCCCCAUGCUUGGAGGGUUUCCCCCGUGUACUCCGGUUUCCUCCCACAGUCCAAAGACAUGUAGGUUAGGCUAAGUGACGUUCCAAAAUUACCCACGGUGUGUGAAAAAGCGUUGGAUUUGCACUCUGUCCAGGGUGUACCCCGUCUUGUGCCCUUAGUCUCCUGGGAUAGGCUCCAGGCUCCCCACGACCCUGAAUACAGGAUAAAGCGGUAUAGACGAUGAGUGAGUGAGUAAGUGAGAAUAUUAACCAGCAUACAAACGAGUGGCAUUGAUUGCUUAUGCUACCACAACUAUUCAUUUUGUUUUAUUGUUAUAAAAUAAAUUUGACAACUAUUUUUA